GAUGGCUCACCGGUCUCCAUGCGCCGUUCGAGUCCCGGCUCCUGCCAAUCGCCGGAGAAAACACCCCAUGGAUUCGAAAUGCCCUCGAUGAAGGCAACCAAGUCGGUGCGUAGUGUGAGCAGCCGGCGCUCGGGUCAGUCGCGGCGCUUGCCCAGUCGUUCCUGUGGAGAUCUCUCGCAGGUGGCGAUGACGCCCAGGCGCACGAAGAGUGCCAAGAAUUUCCGACGAGGGCGCAAGAGGGUCAUGGUCGCAGCCAUGAAUGCCAAAAAGCCUUCCCCCAACACUGCUGCGGAGCGGCCACCGCCUGAGGCGUUGUUGGCCUUCCUGCGCGGUGUGGGUAGCGGGCCCGAGAAUUUCGAUCUGGAGCAGAUCCUCAGAUGGGACUUCGACCGAUGGGAAAACCAGCACAACUACAUCCAGUGGCUCUUUCCCACGGAUGAAGAAAGCGAAUAUCAUCCAGAGGCACCGGUCUUGACGCCGGAGGUGCAAGAGGAAAUGUUGGUGGAUCCACAGGUGGAGGACAACCUGGUGCGAUGCCUAGAGAAAUUUCUGAGCUUUCUGGGAUUGGAUUGCUCCUUCGACGAGGACAUUCCCGUCAUCACAGAUAUAAGUGGCAAUUCCGUGCACUCCAGGGCGGCAGCACCGGAGGAGGAGCGAAAGCUACCGGUGAAGGUCUUCAAGAAUCUGGAGACCUUCCGGUCUCGGCGCGUGGAUUGCUGGGUCGUGAAUUGCCCGGAAGGCAACCACAACUGGUUUCGCAUCUCGCGCGUUUUGGUCAGCUUGCGAUUGCUGGGCCUGAUCGAUGAGGCAGAGGCCUUCUACCUUUGCCUCGAAUCGCUUUGGGCUGCGGGCGACCUACCUGGCUUCGCCGUGCAUUCCAUGCGCAUUUGGCGCGAGUCCGCUGGGCUCGAGAAGCGACCGCUGCCCAAGCGGCAGAAACGUCCCCGAGGGCCCUGCGCCUGCGUGAUCUCCUAGGACCUGGCGGCCGACCGCAGGGCGGUAUAGUCGAACGGAGAUCUUUUUUUUAGUGAGCAACCCAGAGGUAUAGUCGAUUGUAUAGAGCAGAAGGAGAUGGCGGAGAUGGCAGU